UAUUUUCUUUCCGGAGAUCUUUAGGAAGUGAGGCUAUUAAUGAAAGUAUUUUAAUAUGUUUUCUUCUGGUUAAAAUAUUUUAUUCUAAAUUUGAAAAAUCGUUUUUUACUCAUAAUGUAUGAUCCUGUGGUUAUACUUCGAUUAUACUCAAGUGUUCUUCACAAACACAAAAGAGAAUAUGAUGUUAAUGAAGCCGAUAUUAGAACUGCGAUACAAAACAUGAAAGAAGUAUACAAACCGAAUCCAGGUAGUUUAGCCAACCCUACAGUUUCUGUUGCUGAUUAUAAUGAUGCUGCUCAUCGAUGUGCAUAUUUGCAUAAAUAUGCCCCAUUUCACACUGCACUUGUUGCUGAUAUGUUGGGAAGAGCUCUGCAACAAGAUCUGAAUGCUUUUCAAGAUUUAAUAUAUGCUUCGGGGCCUAUGAAUAUUUGCAGUUUAGGAGGAGGACCAGGUAGUGAUAUCUUUGGUGUGCUUAGUGUUCUGAAUGCAACAUUUGGCUUUUUUCCAGUAUCUGCAACUGUCAUAGAUUGCAUGGAAAACUGGAGGGAUCUGUUUUACGAAUUAAUAAAUGAACUGCGUUAUGGAAAUUAUGGUGCUCUUGGAGAGUGUGUUGGUGGGCAGUAUUUUGACUGGAAAUAUUUACAACACAAUCUCCUGGCCAAGAUGACCAAUCAAGUUAAUACCGCAAUAGCAAGAGCAAAUUUAGUGACCAUGAUUAAAUUUGUAUCAGCAUCUUCUUGCAAAGAUACGUCUGCUAUGAUAAAGAAAAUAUUUACUUGCAUGAAACCUGGAGCUCUAGUUGUGUAUAUUGACAAUGCUGGCGGAGGAUUUCACAAGUUGGUGACAAAGGAAGCAGAAGAUUGCAAGUUCAAAAGUGUAUUUUAUCUUAAUCAUGAAACUUUUAUAGAACCAGAUCUCAGAAUCAAAAAGUUUGGAUAUAUGCCCUGUUGUGAAAGUAGAGUAAGCUUCCAUAUCUGGAGAAAAGCAUCUCUGGAAAAGAGAAAUUGUUCUGUUCCAAAUUAUACAUUUAAAGAACAGGAUUUUCCUCCUUUGCAAACCAAUACCAUUCUAUCGCCUAAAAAAUAUGAAAAUCAGCUUGAUAAUGAAAGUUUUGUACAUAAUACGAGGAUUUCUGUCUCCAGCUCUUCAGCUAGUUCGUUCCCUAAAUUUAUCGAUGCAGACGACACAGAGUUUUUUCAAGAAACAUUAUGUUCCAAAUAUAGUACAAAUGCUGUUUAUGGUUUCAGUGAGGUGAAUCUCAGAAUACACGAAAAUUCACCGAGCAAUUCAUCUGAAUCUCACAAUGAGACAUAUUCAAGAGAAAUCUCUGCUGAAGAAUCUAUUCAAUAUGGAUUUGCCUGGGAUGCCAGUAAUAAAAAAUGGCUGGAUUUUGUCAGCAAACGGAAUACAAAUGCUACAUCUGUGAAAAAUGUCAAAACAUCCGAAAAAUUAUUAUGCAAAACAUCUGAAACUCAAAGGAAGCCAUAUCCAAAGGAAAUCCUUGCAGAGGAAUCCAUUCAAUUAGAAAUUGCCAAGAAUACUUUUACAAAUUGCACAGAUUUUGCUAUUAGCCAAUUACAUUCAAAACAUCCAGCUGACGCUUCCAAUUUGAAUACCGUAACAUUCGAAUGUUCCCGAGUUAAACCAUUUGAAAUCCAAAAGGCCACGAACCGAAGACAAAUUGCUGUUUCAGAAUCUUUUCCCAAUAGAGAUUCUUCUGCAAGUCUUAGUUGGUGGGAUUAUAUUCGUGGCCUUUUCUAUCAAGAAUUGAUUGGUAUAAUAGCUGAAGAAUUUAUUAGCUUGUACCAAGAACCUCCGGUGCAAUCAUUGCAACAAAUGUACACCAUCGGUGCAACCAUUGCCGAAAGAUUCCAGUUUUAUCUCUUUGAAAACAUGAUAUAAAAAAAAAGAAAUUCUAAAAGAACAGAAAAUGUAAUGCUUCAUACUGUUCGAAUAGGCUCUAUAUGAAUUACCUGAAAUCCAAAAGACCACAGAACGAAGAAAAGUUGCUGCUCCAGAAUCUUUCUCUAAUAGCAACUCUUCUACACGGCUUAGUUGGUUGGAUCCUACUCGUAGCAUGCUGUAGUAGGAACUUAUUGAUUUAAUAAAUGGAGAAUUUAUUAGCUUGUACCAAGAAGAACAAAUGUACACCAUCGGUACAACCAUUGGAGGAAGAUUCCAAAUUUUUCUCUUUGAAAGUACCUAAUUAAUGUGAAAAAAAAGUGAGAAAAUGCAUAAAGAUUCAUAUUUUCUCUUACUGGCUAGAGUCAGUUAUAUCUAACAAUAAUCUAAAACCAGUACAAAUAUGUCCAUUCAGAACUUAAGCAGCUAUUGUGCGCACUGAAAGGUCGGGAAAAAGGCCCGCCGUAGGAAGAUCACGUGGCCACAGACGGACAAUGGCAAAUGGUUGUCUCAUCGGGACAAGCAUUUGCCAGUAAGCAGAGUUCAAACGGGGUCAAAUAUUGCGCUAAGUAGAGCGUUACGCCUACUUCAAGAAUAUCACGUGGCCGCAAUAGGACAAUGGUAAGUAAUUGUCCCGAUGAGACAACCAUUUGCCAUUUUACCAUUGGGAUCACGUGAUGCUUUUGAGGUAGGCAUGACCUUCUAUUACGCGCAAUAGUUGGCCUCAUGUGAAUGCUGCUUAAGACUCGAAGCAGACUGACCGAGAUUGUGAGUGCAAGAUCCUCUCCAGUAGCUGCACUUUGAAGGACUGAAAUUCCAUUUUUAUGCAAUAUUAUUUUGUGUAAAUAUACUUGAUUGUACAUUUUGAGCAAUAUUGA